CACCGAGAUCAUCAUGAUGGCCACGAAGAGGAAGAUCGCGAAAGCGACGGUAUUCGUAAUUGUUUUUUAUUUUUUCCGAUGUCGGAUGGAAAAAUGUAAUUUUUGCAGUGGGCUUUUACUUAACUUUGAGUUUGACUUCUUUGUCGCACUUGGAAUUAUCGCUGUCGCGAAAUAACGUUGAUGUCCACCUCCACAUUGCUCAACUGCAUCUUCUACUUCGAUGGGGUAGACAAAAAGAACCGCGCCGGUCGAGCAGGCCCUUGAAGACUAAAGGAACAUCAAUCACGAACGCUAGAAGGAGUUCUACGCUUUACCAUUACCUUCGUGCUGAGCCACGACUAGCAAUAGCCCCGUUUUCUUAGUCUCUCUGCAUAGAAACCGCACGUAAAGUUGAUUCCAAAUUUUCAAAAUCCUAAUCUCAAUCGUGUCACACAAGAACAAAACCACGCUGCGAAAUAACUACUAGGCACGACUGGCGGUUUUCGUGGUGGCAGGUCGCGACGAUUAUGGCGUGA